AUGACCUCCGUACGACGACGCGGCAACGCCCGCCCGCCGACCCAGCGUUCCGCCUCCUCCACCGCCGUCUCCUCCUCCUCCCCUUCUCCGCCCCUCUCCGCCUCUCCCGUCUUUCUCAGCAACCGAAAACGCUCCAAGUCACUCUACGAGUCGGCGACAGUCCAAUCCUCGGCCGGCCGAGCACUCUCGUACGGCUCGUCGCUGCUCGAAUCGCUCGACUUGCCGGCGAGUUUGCUUAGCUUGAGGCAGUACCUCGCGGGCAAGCUCGAGGAGGCCGAGAAGAGCUUGAGGGCACUCAAGGCGUAUGUCGACGAGAGCGAGUUGGAGGACUUGGGGUUGACGAGUUUGGGCGAGACGGAGGACGAGUAUGACGAUGACGAGGGAAGUGAAGCGGGUGGCCGGCAACGGCCGCGCACGCUUUCUGCGUCGAGUGGGAGCGGCGACGAGGUGGAGAAGCUGAAGGGGAGGUCAGAUGAACGCACGGCGAUGUUGCCGGCCGGACGAGACGAGGUGGCCGACGAGGACGACGAGCUCCGCGACGAGAUAAGCGCCCUGCAAGCGUUCAUCUCGAGCGCGUCGAGCUUCCUCGAAGCCAUGCGCGAUGAGUUGCCCUCGCUCGAAGCGGACGAGUCGGCCUACCUCCAGUUCGAGCUGUCGCCCGACGCUCGCGCAGGACUCGACCGCUUCCUCGCCGACCACCCUCUCCCCUCCCUCCCCGCCUCAAGCCUCCGCUCACGUGCCGCCUCCUCCGCACAAGCCGUCCUCACCCGCGUCUCGACCGAACUCGGCACCCUCCGCGCUGCCCUCGCCUCGCUCGCAUCGUCCGCCUCUUCCGCCGACCCCGCAUCCUACAUCUCCGCCUCCCUCCGGUCCUCGAUGCCCUCCACACCCUCCUUCUCCGACUUUUCCGACCUCCGUUCCUACUUCUCCGCCGAAUCGAAGCGCCUCUCGAACGCCGUCUCACAGUUGAAAGACGACACGGCCGGCUCGCUCUCUGCCGGCUUGCACGCAGUCCAAGACGGUGCAGCAGAGUUGUCGGCCUAUGUCAAGGACCAGUCGCAUGCGGUUGUCGACGAGGCGAUGAGGAUGUAUCAUGCUGCGCUCGAGAUUGGGAGGGAGAGGUUGUUGAGGUAUGAGGAGUUGCCGCCCGAGUGGCGCAACAAUGAGCAUAUCCUCACUGGGUACCGCUAUAUCCCGAUCGAGCAAUGGGGCACGCUGCUUCGCAGUAUGUUCACCUGGCACAACGAGACGAUCAACAUCCAGUCGCACUUCCUCGGCGCGCUCUCACUCGUCGUCCUCCUUGUAUACUACCUCUUCUUCUCGACCUCCUCGCCUCACGCACUCGCCGACCCACACCCAGGCGACACCGCCAUCGCCGUCCUCUUCGUCCUCUCCGCCAUGCACUGCCUGCUCUGCUCCACCACUUGGCACCUCAUGUCGGGCUGCGCGACGAGUCAUUGGUUCCGCGGCGCCGCGUGUGUCGAUUACGUCGGUAUCUCGGGUCUGAUUGCUGCGUCUGUUGCUGGAGCGACCUACUACGGCUUCUAUUCGCAUCCCGCCCUCGCCGCCUCCUACAUGUGCUUCAACUUUGUCAUCGGCGUCACAGGCAUGAUCGUCCCCUGGCAAUCGUGGUUCAACGAGCGCAAGUACAAGAGCUGGCGGAUCGCCUUCUUCGUCUCGCUUGCUGCGAGCGCGGUUGCGCCUAUUGCGCAUAGGGCGGCGAUCUAUGGAGGGAUGGAGACGCUGUGGUUCUACAGCCCGGCUAUUCCUUCCGUCGUCGCAUACCUCAUCGGCCUCUCCUUCUAUGCGAACCAGUUCCCGGAGUGCUGUGCCCCCGGCCACUGGCAUAUCGGCGCAUCGCAUCAACUCUGGCAUAUCGCUAUCGUCGCCGCCGUCUGGCUCCACUGGAAGGCCAUGUCCGACUGGUCCGUCUCGGUCGCGGCAUCUCUCGCAGCUCCCUAG